CCGGCUCUCCUGGAGCUGGAGAGGGCUUUGGUUGGGCGAGGCAGGUCCUGGAGGGAACCGAGCUUUCCGGAACCCUUCUGCUCAGGGUCCCGGCUUGCUGUGGGGUCUGCCAGCUUGUGGAGACCUUUAUUCUUUUAGGAAGUCCUGCCCUACCCAGGAGGAUGUUCCCCAGCUACAAGGUAAAAGUCACAGGCAUGAACCCCAAGACCAAGUACAUACUGCUCAUCGACAUCGUCCCCGCAGAUGACCAUCGCUACAAGUUCUGUGACAACAAAUGGAUGGUCGCAGGGAAGGCUGAGCCAGCCAUGCCAGGGAGACUUUAUGUGCACCCGGAUUCUCCUGCCACCGGGGCUCACUGGAUGCGGCAGUUGGUCUCUUUCCAGAAGCUGAAGCUGACAAACAACCACCUGGACCCCUUUGGCCAUAUCAUCCUCAACUCCAUGCAUAAGUACCAGCCGAGGCUGCACAUCGUUAAGGCUGACGAGAACAAUGCUUUUGGCUCCAAAAACACAGCCUUUUGCACCCACGUGUUCCCAGAGACCUCCUUCAUCUCUGUGACCUCCUACCAGAACCACAAGAUCACACAGCUGAAAAUUGAGAACAACCCUUUUGCCAAGGGAUUCCGGGGCAGCGACGACAGUGACCUGCGUGUGGCCCGGUUGCAGAGCAAGGAGUACCCCGUGAUCUCCAAAAGCAUCAUGAGGCAGAGGUUCGUUUCCAGCCAGCUCUCGGCUAAGCCGGACGUCAGCCCCCUGCACAGCGCACACCAGGCCCUGCAGCACUACCAGUAUGAGAAUGGGGCCCACAUGCAGUUUGCUGCUGCAGAGCCCCAGGACCUGCCCCUCAACACCUUCCCAACGCAGAGAGACUCCAGCCUCUUCUACCACUGCCUGAAACGUAGAGACAGUGCCCGCCACCUGGACUUGCCCUGCAAGCGAUCCUACCUGGAAACCCCUUCUUCAGUGGGGGACGAUCACUAUUUCCGUUCUCCCCCUCCCUACGACCAGCAGAUGCUGAGCCCUUCCUAUUGCAGUGAGGUGACCCCCAGAGAAGCCUGUAUGUACUCGAGUUCAGGGCCUGAGAUCGCAGGGGUGUCCGCCGUGGAUGACCUGCCCCCACCACCACUGAGCUGUAACAUGUGGACGUCGGUGUCGCCGUACACCAGCUACAGCGUUCAGACCAUGGAGACUGUCCCUUACCAGCCCUUCCCCGCACACUUCACCGCCACCACCGUGAUGCCUCGUCUGCCCACCAUCGCCGCCCAGAGUGCCCAGCCUCCAGGAAAUGCCCACUUUAGCGUGUAUAAUCAGUUAUCCCAGUCUCAGGUCCGAGAGCGGGGCCCCUCUGCUUCCUUCCCUAGAGAGCGUGGCCUCCCUGCCGUGUGUGAGAGGAAGCCACCCUCACCUCACCUGAACACUGCCAACGAGUUCCUCUACUCGCAGAGCUUCUCCUUGUCGCGGGAGUCAUCCUUACAGUAUCAUUCAGGAAUGGGGACUGUGGAGAACUGGACUGACGGAUGAUGUGACUACCUGUAUCCUCGACAGCCCCAGGACCAUGUCAAUCCAGUAUUAACCUCUGUGGGUGGCCGGCACUGCCAAGAAACAUGGAAAGGUAUUUCAGAAAGUGUGUGUGUGUGUGUGUGUGUGUGUGUGUGUGUGUGUGUAUGUGCGCGCGCACGUGUGAUUGAACUUCUAUACACACAUGUGGUCGGAGAGCACCGGUUUUCUGACAUGCAAGUAAAGCC